UCCGAAUUCAUUCAAUUCGAUAUUCAAGCACGUAUGUUAAUUUUACAGAUUGACGUUGACAUGUAAAUGAAAAGGUUUCUUUGAGAUAAUUUUUCUUGACCAAUAGUACGAACGUACGUAAACAAAUUCGUUGACCCAUAUUUAGAGGGGGCAAGUCCCGUAACGCAACAAAAAGUGAAAGUUGGGUUGAUGCCCGGGGGUUUCCCAGCCCCCAACCCCCAGCGUUGUUUUGCAGGGCUUAAAACUGAAAGAUCGCAAUUCACUCGGCAGUCAUUUGAAUUACAAAGUACCAUUACUGCAUUAUCUUACAUCAGCGCUCUGUGAAUAUACCCUUGGCUGUAUCACGCUUGGGUCUGAGUGACGAAGUUUUCAGGCCGUGGCUCUUGAAAGUCGAGUCUCUUUGACUGAACGCGUGGACGAAAGGAAAUGGAAGACGAACAUGACAUUGAUAUUGACUGCCUGUUGAAAGAAGGAAUACCGACCGUGGAAGACAUCGAAUGCUUAGCCAGGGACAUAAGUGAUAAUCCUGACGAAUUAAGGAAGUUUUACGAGUUACUGGGAUUAAGCGAUGGUGAGCCAGAAGACCCGCAUGGACUUUGUUUGGAUACCACAGACGGCGCACUAAUUCUCAGGCAUCUCGAGCUUACCCAGGAGAAAUGUAAGAACAUUACUUACAAAGGAUUAGCCGCAGUUUUGGAUCACACCUCCUUUCACAGAAGGGAUCUUGUGCAGAAAUAUUGCCUCAUUCAAAAAGAUUUGAUUCCUACCUAUAUCCUGGCAAGAGGCGGAAAUGCCCUAGCAGCUUAUCGAAAAGCUCUGAAGUCAGGUAAAACGUACGACAAGCGGGUCAAAGUGUUGUUGAUCGGAGAGGACCGCGUUGGGAAGACCAGUCUUGGCAAAGCACUCAAAGGUGAGUCGUUUAAAGAAGAUGAGGCUAGUACAGAUGGAGUGCUCAUGAGCGAAGCCCUCACAAAUGCCAGCGAAAAGCCUUGGAGAAAUUCAGAAGUUCAUAGAAAGUCGAGUGCAUACAAGGUGAAGGUUGCCGAGAUUCUUCACCGAGAGUUGUUGAGAGGAUCAACUGAUCAGCCAUCUCAAGAUGACACAACAAGAGAAGCAAACAUGGAGCUAACAGCAAUCAAUCAAACUACUCAACAACCAGCCUCGUUACAAUUGCAAGUUGAUGGAAAGGUGGACGUGGACACCAUUCCAGACGAUAUUUCGAGUUUAGUCGAGGACAAUUUUGGAGAUGACGAGGUCGAUAAUUGCAAAGAUAACGACUCCGAUGGAAUAUGGCCCGUCAUUUGGGAUUUCGCUGGCCAAGCUGUUUAUCGUGCCAUUCAUCCCAUCUUCAUGUGCCCGGAAGCUGUGUACGUCUUGGCAUUUGAUCUGUCAAAGAAUUUGUUCGAUAAGGCAGGAGGGAAUACUGGAAACAAUCCCUCGGUGCCGAAUCCGGACAGCGAAGAUUCGAAUCUAGAUCAUAUCAUGAGGUGGAUGGACAUGGUGCACUCCUUAAAACACUCUGCGGAAAGUGAGACUCUACCACCAGUCAUCCUUGCGGGUACACAUGCCGACAGCGUCAAGGAAGACCCCGACAGAAUCAUGGAUUGCCUGUUAGACAGAUUCUGCAAAAACAGACUGCUAGGUGAGCAUAUUGCAGGGAGCGUUGCUGUGGACAACACACGCGCUGGUAAGACACUUGGCCAGGAAGACCCAGGAAUUGUCCGUUUGCGCCGGCAGAUAUUGGAAGUGGCAAAUAAGCUGCCGCACACCAAAAAGGAAGUUCCCUUGCAGUGGCUUUACAUAGAGAGCAAGAUCCAACACGAAGCACAGUGUGGAGUAAAGUACAUCCCUAAACUUUCCUUUAAAGGAGAAAUCGUCGAGAAAUUUUGUAAAAUUCAAGUGGAUGACGUUGAAGCGAUUUUGAACUUUCUUCACGAUCGUGGCACUAUAAUCUAUCACGAAAAUGCAAAUGAUUCAAAUGGCUUGGUGGUGUUGGAUCCGCAGUGGCUUGUAAACGUGCUUUGCAAAAUAAUAACUGUCGUACCGAGCAGAGAGGAAAAGAUUAACAUCCGCAGCCAUCGGAAGAAGCUCAAAGAGAAAGGCAUUCUGGCAAAAGAGCUUCUUGACCAUGCCUGCAGAGAGCAGGGCUUGGAGCAAGUUGAGCAAUCAUUGCUGUUUCUGAUGGAGAAAUUCAACCUUCUUUUUCGUUGUCCAAGUAUGGACAACGAAGAAAUCUACCUCGUCCCCUGCAUGCUAACAGCAAGACCAGGAAAAGAAAUAAUCCCAACAGCGGUCGACACCUCGUCUUCACCAAUGUACGUCACUUUCAAGACCGAGUACGUGCCCAUUGGGCUGUUCUCCAGGCUUGUCGUGUUGUUUGGAGUGUGGGCGUCGACAAAAAGUUCCUGCGAACAGCAGCAAAUUUUCGCGAACGCAGCCCGCUUCGUUUUAGACGGCAAAAACUUCCUUGGAUUGGUCUGCUUCAAAAGUGUAAUCAAGUUGCUCGUCUGGUCACAAGACAAGUUGGACCCAUUCUGCAAUGAUUCGGGAUUCCAUUCGGAGGUGUACAGUUGCUUGGAAAGGAGUUUGGAGACAAUGCGCGGAGAGUGCCACUGGUUGCAUUCAGUGUCAUGGGAUUUGUGUGUUCAAUGCAGAUUGUGUCCUGGAAAGGUAGACUCCACCACUGGCAACUGUAUCUGGCACGACACAAAGGGAUGUUUGCAUGACGACUGUGCUCACUAUAUUCCUUUAAAAAGCCGCAAGUUCUACUGUCCAGAUGCCACAGGCGAUGAAUCCUUCUUGCUUGACGAAAACUUCGAUCUUUGGGUUCAGGCCGUGAACAACAACAACACUCCGGAUGAAAUUGUUGGCCGAUCAACGCUGGGGUCUUCGCCUGAGCAUUUCCUGAAAGUGUCAAGUCCUUCAACCAAAACAAAACAGGUUUUGCUUUUAGCCGGAGAAUGGGGAUCUGGGAAAGGUGGUUUACGAACCCUUAACAGGCAACUGGCAAUAGAGCUGGCGAGAAACCCCAACCUGGAGGUCAGUUUCUACGUUACAAAGUGCAGUGAAGAAGAAAAGCGAAUUGCAUCAAGCAAUGGUAUCACUCUUAUAAAAGCAAAAGAACUACCUGGCUAUGAAGACCUUGAUCGGCUUUCCUCUCCACCAGAAGAAUUACCAGAGAUCGACAUUGUGGUUGGGCAUGGGGCGAGACUCGGGAAACAGGCCCAGCUGAUCCAAAGAUUCUGUCCAAAAUGUGUUUGGGUUCAAGUCGAGCAUACUGCUCCCGAGGAACUCGCCAUGUACAAGAAUUACUCUUUCAAUAUCUCGAAAGGGGAGCAGAAACACCAUACGGAGGUAAAACUGGCUGACCGUGCUGACAUGGUGGUUGCAGUUGGGCCAAAGUUAACGGAGCUGUACAAGACGUAUUUGCGUCCUUCUCCCAACAAGAAGGUCUUUGAAAUCAUUCCAGAUCCCAGCAUCUUCCACGAAUUUAGAGAAUGCAAGCAGGCUAAAGACGACAGAGAAAAAUUUAACGUCUUGGUGUUUGGUCGUGGUGACGCGGACGAUUUCGAGCUGAAAGGAUUUGAUAUAGCUGCGAAAGCGAUUGCAGAGCUGAAGGACCAAGGGUACCAUCUCUAUUCUGUUGGUGCACCAAGUGGGAGUGAAGAAGAAGUGGCAGAGAAGUUACUUCAGCAGGGCAUUUCUCCUCGUCAACUAUCCGUUCGUGGAUUUAUCGAAAGCAGGGCAGAGCUAGCUAAGUUGCUAUGUCAGGUGGAUCUUGCCAUUAUGCCAUCAAGGACGGAAGGCUUUGGUCUGACUGCUCUUGAGGCCUUAUCUGCCGGUCUACCUAUUCUAGUAAGCGGUAACUCGGGAUUUGCAAAAGCUCUCGCGAACAUGAAAAAUCCCUUGGCUUCAUCGUGUGUUGUGGAUUCAGCAGACGCCAAAGACUGGGCUAAAGCAAUUCAAGCCGUCAAGGAAAAACCCAGGUUAGACAGGCUACAUGAUGCACAGAGAUUAAAGGUGUGUUGCGCGAAUUCCUUCGCCUGGUCAAAGCGAUGUCAAGCCCUCACGAGAGAAAUGCUUGCUCGGGUCAGAGAAAGAAAAGGUGACGACAAAGAUAGCGAUGGGGAGGGAGAUGAAGUCGCGACAGAUGCGCAGUGUGUCAAAUACAUGGCAGAAGAGAACGAACAGGUAACACAACCUGCAUCACCAUCAAGCCGAAGAUUCCAAGCUGUCAAAAAUCCAGAGACCGGUAAUCACGGGUCAGAACCACAUGAGGCACCUUUUCCCGUAGAAGGCUGUGAUAUUUUCAGAGAAGUCACGAACGUACCAACAUUCUCAAGCUUGGAACACGAAAAUGAUGACAAUCGUAAUAGCGAAUUGGGUUCAACGGCAAAUCAAGAAAAGGAUAGGACAAUAGUCGCAGAACAUUCUAUAUCACCUGAGGUCGAAGAAACAGUGCUGAGCUAUCAGAAAGAAACCGAACUCUGCCCUGAACAAGAUGAAAUCCAGAAAACAAAGGAAGGAUUUCAACAAACAGAGUCAAUUGGAACGAAAGAGGAGAGCAUCACUGAAAUACGUUGUCGAAGAGGAGAUGAACAUGCUCAAUGGAGAACGGAUCGCGAGGAAAACACAAAGGAACAUGUCCAACAGCCAAGGACCGAGAGUAUGAAAGUGCAGAAUAUUAAUCCCAGAGUCACUUUCAUACUGGUCGUAGUAGCUGUACUGUUUGCUGUAGUGGCCUACAUAUUAUAUUCAUAGAUUCUCCACAGGAUAAAGGGGCUAUGUCUCAUGUGAAACAUCUUGAAAAAUUUAGCCUAAACGUUUCAAGUUCGAAAUGCAUAAUCCGUCUCAAACUUCCAGUCUUAAAUUUCAAUUUUCAAACAACAUUUACGUUUACGUUGUGUUUAGUCUACCUUACUGGCAAGUUAUGGUAAUUUGGAAUCUGCCUUUGACAGAAAGUUAAAAACUCUUUAUCCUUAUUCAACUACCAAAACGCAGUUUAAACAUAGGGUUAUUUUAUCUCCAUAUAUGAGCCAAGUCGCUGCAUAGUGUCAUUCGCCCCUUCCAAUAAGCACCCCGUUGUUGUUCUAGGUGCAGCGGUUAUUAGAGGGCCGCGUUUUUAAUUGUUACUGUUAGGUGUCAUGUGCGGCACUCAUUCAAGGGCGCCCUUCAUCGAGGACGGCGCUUUCCUGAGUAAAUUUGAAAUAGUUCUUUGUCUACCUUUAGCAAGACCUUUUUUAAAAAUACGAUCUACCUUUCAAAAAAUGGGUGGAGCAAUCUCGUUGAGUUGUCUACCGCUUCGGUCACAUGAAAUCCUAUUGUAGUUUGCAUUCACUUGUAUUUUCUUGCUUGCUCAGAGGGAUAAGAAGUUUCCCCUCGUGACUCGCGCGCAGUCAUUUAGAUGUCAAUACAUUACGCGUUUUUCUCUCGCCCAUUACUCGUCGCCCGCGUGAGUUCCCAGUUGUAACAUAACCGGUCAUCACAGAAGAUACAUAUGUAGCCUAGUAGUGAUUAUUAGUGCGGGCUUAUCAAACGUUUGCGUCUGUCGACAUUAAUUUGUAUAGGUGGUUUUCUUCCACUGGUUUAGGACCGGUGAAAGUUUGUUGAAUUUUGUUAUGCGCACUCGUUGGUGUCUAUCCUUUAAGUGUGCUUACACGAACAAACGAACGAAGCGAAUAAACGAACGAACGAAAGGACGAAAAGAAGUGAAUGAAUGAAAGAACCAAUGAAAGA